UGCCAUGCCAUGCCAUGCCAUUCCUACCUGGCACAGAAACACCAUUUAGAAACUACUUUCUCCCAUGAGCUGAAGCGCACGGAGCUCAUGGUACACACAGCCGUCAUCAAGACCCUCCCUGCCUUUAAAGGGUUUGCGCUCUAGUUACGCUAUUACGCUUUCCUAGGAGAGGUGUCGCUUAAAGCUGGCGGAGGAGAUCUUCGUGCCAGUUAACCCAGUUCCCCAAAGGACACAGGCUAUCACAUUCGCCCGGGCCCCAAGGUCGCACGGCAGCCCCGCACACCGCUCCCAACGGCCUGUCCGCUCCCCGGGACCCCUCCGCCGGGCCACGGCGAGACCACGCGUGCUGCGGACGGGACCCCGGGCCUCCCCCGGAGCGCGCAGCCGCUGCGGGCAGGACCCUCCCCGGAGGUGAAAGGCGGGCGGGCUCCGGGCAGCGCCCGGCCGUGGCUCCGCUCAGCGCCGCGGCCAUCCCCCGCGGUCCCCGGGCGGCGGGCAGGGCAGAGCAAGGCAGGGUCCCUGGCUGCGAAGGGUCACUGUGGGACUGGGACUUUUUUAAAAGGGCACUUCUGUUGCAAGCGGGGAUUUUGCUGCUGGUUUUAUUGCAACACUCUGCUGACCGGGCAACAGAAACUUCAUUAGGGUCACGGUUUUACACAUCUGUUUCAUUUACACUAUAGGGAAUGUAACUAAGUAUACUCUGCGGAGCAGGACGUACAGUAAGAUUAUUGACAAUGUGAAUAUUUAACAGAGCAUUUGAUAUUUAGAGAUCUUCAAGAAAAAUGAUGUUAAGAAUCUUGUUGGAAGAGAGCGGGAUUUGUAAUGCCGGAGCUCAGUCGGGCCUUGCCGGUGCCUGUGCUUCUGCCCGGUUUCACGGGCCAGAGCCGAGUGUCAGCGCCUGCAGCACCGGGGCUGUUCUUUAAAUUGAAGAGUAACUCAGAACCAGAUGACUUCUGGAAUCAAUGUAUGUUUUAAUGAACCAGUACAAAAGAUCCAUUUUUGAUGCAGUUCCAAGAGGCCUGUUUUACAAAACUGAUUCAAGUUCACAUUUGUGUUUUCAGAGGAAGAAAGAAGCAUGUCACAAAAACACCUGAAAGAAGCCUUUAUCAGCAACUUAAAUGGAACUAGUUUGGUGGAAAUUUCAUUUGGCCUGUCCCUAGCUCCACUCUGCCUGCUUUGCAGAGGACUCCUCUUGAUUCUGUAUUACUUGCACUGUGGGAAACCUUUAAGUUCAAGGACAUACAGCCUGCUGCUAGACUUCCUUGUGCUAGUAUCUCCUCUCCUGUUCUCCUGUACAGUCUUGUCUCCAAUCAUCUUUUUCAUGCCAGCUAUCAUUGCAGCCAUCUGUGCCGGAGUGUUUUCUAAAAUACACAGCCAAAGAAAACAUGAGAUCAGAGUGCCUUUUAGGCAAAUUAUAAGAGAGUUCCAGGAGACGUACUUGGAUCCAGAAUACAUUCCAGCAAUAACUGUGUUUCGCGUUUAUGUCAAUGUGUUGACAUCAAUCAGCAUUUUAGCAGUGGAUUUCCCACAAUAUCCGAGGCGAUAUGCCAAAGCCGAGACCUAUGGAACAGGAGUUAUGGAUUUUGGGGUUGGAGCUUUUAUUUUUGGUAAUGCUGUCGUUUGUCCUGAAGUUAGACAAAAGUCUCUUGUGACACAACCAAAAUUUUCCAAUCUGGCCAGGCAGUUCUUUUCCGUUUGGCCACUGAUUUUUCUUGGCAUUGGACGACUGCUUAGCGUUAAAUCUAUAGAGUAUCAUGAACAUACUUCAGAGUAUGGAGUGCACUGGAAUUUUUUCUUUACCUUGGCAUUUGUGAGGCUUGCGGCAUCUCUACUUUUAGCCAUAUUUCCAAAAAAUAGUUCUUGGAUCGUUGCUAUAAAUCUUGCCGUACUUUAUCAGCUUAUUCUUAACACUACUUCUCUGAAGAUGUUUAUCUUGCAUGGGAGCAAUGGCAGAGAUACUAGGGUUGGCUUUGUAAAUGCCAACAGGGAAGGACUGCUCUCUCUCUUUGGAUAUCUAGCCAUAUAUAUGGCGAGCGUCCAAGUGGGACUCUGUCUGUUGAAGGUCAGAAGCUCAGUCAAAGGCUGGGUUGAAGCAGUGUGUUUCUCACUGCUGACAGUUCUCGUGCUCUUCCUGUUUCUUCACGUGUCACAAGCGUAUGCGGACCCUGUGUCCCGCCGGAUGGCAAACCUAUCCUACUGCAUAUGGGUGAUUGCUCACUGUCUGACUUUCCUUAUCUGUUUUGUAGUGACUGAUCUCACGCUGGUGUUCACAAAGCUCCUUGUGAAGGGGUCCACUGUGCCCUGUUGCUGGAACGUUGUAAAGCCCCCUAACACCAGUAAAAAGCAUGAAAUGGAGGCUGUGCCCAUCAGAAGGGAAGGCAAGCUGCCGCACAUGUGCCUGAUUAGUGCUAUUAAUAAAAAUCAAUUACUGUUUUUCUUGCUAGCAAAUGUUAUGACUGGUGCCGUGAAUGUACUGAUAGAUACAAUCCACAGCAAGGCUGCAUUUACGUUAUGUAUACUACACUUGUAUAUGUUUUUAAACUGUUUAAUUAUGUAUAUAUUGCAUGCCAAAAAUAUAGUAUUAAAGUUUUGGUGAUUCCACUCU